AUCUUGGUAGUAUAUAGGUUCCGCCCUCUUCUGUAGUUUGAUUGAUGGGCUUCCCGGCACUGGGCAAGGGGGCGUGGCUAAGGCUGUUCCUCUUUCUGCCCUGGGAAGACAGCUGCCUCCUUGCCCAGCCGGACCACCUGAAGUGAAUCAUACAAUCGGAAGGGACCACAAAGGGCCAUCCAGCCCAACUUGGGUCAUCAUGCCCAGCAGCCCCUCCCUCCCCGCGGAGAUCAGCAACUUCCUUGCAGAUGUUGACACAUUUGUAUCGGAUAUUUUAAAAGGAGAAAAUUUAUCCAAAAGAGCAAAAGAAAAGAAGGAUGCUCUGAUUAGGAAGAUAAAGGACAUCAAGUCCAAUUACCCUCAAGAAUUUUCCGAAAAAGGAGAUUUGGAAGAUGUGGAGGAACUUGAAGGUCCAAUGCAACCUGACAACCUUUCCCUGGCAUCUGACCGUGAUAGAGAGGACGAUGGUCCCCAUGAUGGGCAUCAGUUUCCUCCAGUUGCAGUGCAAGAUCUUCAGGCUGUUUUAAAAUCUGGGUAUCUGGAGAAACGCAAAAAAGACCACAGUUUUCUUGGCUUUGAGUGGCAGAAACGUUGGUGUGCUCUGAGUCGAAAUGUUUUUUACUACUAUGGAAGCGACAAAGACAAACAACAGAAAGGUGAAUUUGCUAUAGAUGGCUACACCGUCAGAAUGAAUAAUACCCUUCGGAAGGAUGGAAAGAAAGAUUGCUGUUUUGAAAUCGCUGCUCCUGAUAAACGCAUUUAUCAGUUUACAGCUGCUACUCCUAAAGAAGCUAAGGAAUGGGUACAGAGCCUCAGGUUUGUCCUACAAGACAUGGGGUCUGAAGUUAUUCCAGAAGAGGAAUAUGAAGACCUUACAGAUGCUGUCAUGCCUCCUCUCCAGAAAAACGAACCAGUGGAUGAUGACAUUUAUGAAGAGCUUCCAGAGGAAGAACUAACAGCAGCCACCGUCAUGCCACCAAAGGAUGAAGAACCAAAGAAACAAAGGCAGGAACCGGCUAGCAAUGUUUCGGGCAAUAAAAAAACCGAUUAUGUUAAUUUCUAUCAAGGUUUGUGGGACUGUACCGGAGAUGUUCCUGAUGAGCUGACAUUCAAACGUGGCGACACUAUCUACAUUCUCAGCAAGGAGUACAAUAGAUUUGGCUGGUGGGUAGGAGAAAUGAAAGGAACCAUUGGCUUGGUGCCUAAAGCCUACAUAAUGGAGAUGUAUGAUAUCUGAGAGGCCCGGGUGGACUCCACAAAUGAGAUGAUGACUGGAGUAGAUGCCCAACCAAGACGCAAGCUAAUCAGUGCCUUGUUUUCAUUAAUGUAUUUUAAUAUACUUUAAGUAUGUUUCUGUACUUUGAUUCUUGCUGUUGUAUUGUUAACUGUCCACUAUCAUUUUGGCACCAGGGGUUGUAUGAGAAAAUAUUGAGUCCAUUUGUUAACUUUUUGAUAAAUGGACACAGCAUAUAAAUAACACAUCUUAGCAAUAGUAGAUGUGGACAAUCUCAUAUUCUUUUCUAUGUGAGUGACUCUGAAAAUGUUCUCAGGGCAUUAUGCUUCUCCUUGGCACUUUAGAUAUGGAUCUCUUCUGUGAAUGUUCUUGCUUCAAUUUUCUCUAAUGUAUUUCACUGUAUAUUCAUUAUGUUUAAAUUGGUUAAAUUAGGUUCAAAACUCCAGGACACUGGUAGAAAACGACCCUGUCAAUAAAAUAUAAUACAAUAGCUGUUUUAAAAAGUAAUUUGAGAAGUUUUACGUUGUACUCCAUAGUAUCAAAUUCUACAUAGUCUUAGGUCAAAAGUAGUGUUUCUAAAAGAGAAUGGAAUAGUCCCUUCCAAUCCCAUGUAAAACUUUAACUGUUUUAUUGCUGCACCAAAAUAUUUUUUUUAAAUGGGUCCUAUCUAAAUAAGCUGUGGCUAGUAUUUGAAUACAAGGAAUCCCAGAUACUGUAGGCCAGUGGUUCUCAACCUGUGGGUCCCCAGAUGUUUUUGGCCUUCAACUCCCAGAAAUCCCAACAGCUGGUAAACUGGUUGGGACUUCUGGGAGUUGUAGGCCAAAACACCUGGCUAUACAGCAAUUUGGUGUUGUUGUUUUUGACUGCAACUCUUAGGCAACUUCAUAAAAAACCUAUUGUCAAAAAUCCAAAAUUAACUAGGACUGUUCUUAAAUCAUCAUGGCCAUGAAGUAUAUUCAUAUGCAGAACAAGUAAGACGAGACUUACUUGUUUUUUAGUUCCUUUUUACUGCUUUGCUCUCUGUAGCCACUCAUUGCAUCGUAACAUUCAUCAUUCAUUUUAUUUAUAUGUUUUCACCCAGUCUAGGACUCAAGAUGGAUUACAAAAAGCCAGAAUACAAUAAAAUACAUAUUGUUGGAUCUCCAUAAUGGCAUGAAACCAUAUAUACAAUUUCACUUACCUGCACCAAGCUUUUGGAAACUGGUCUUUCUGGAAAUUUACUAGGUCCUUCAGGCAAUUCUGUUGUAUACCUCUCCUGUAAGUUACCAUAAUAUUGUAUUAGAGAAUCUCGCAAAUUCCUAGAGAGGAUAUUUCUCUCGGAAGUUUUGGGUCCUUCAAUGCAACUUAAUGGUAUGUUGAGACCAGAGGUGAGGAAAUUUAACACAUGGUUUCAUAUAACUACACUUUGUAUUCCCCACAGAUACGGGACUUUGCGAUACAGUUAAAAUCAUUUUCAAAAUCAAGAUUACAUAACAACAGGGUUAAAACAAGUUUAAAUCUUAUUUUAAAACAGCUUUUCAAAACAGUAGAGCUAUACAGUAUACAUGCCAGUUUUAUUAAAAUCAGUUUCUAAAAGCUUGCUGGAAAACAAAGGUCCCUUAACAGUUUUAUUUAAACAAAGUUGUAAAAAUAGAAAACAAAGUACAGAAGAAUAAAACUUUGGGAAAACAAAGGUCUUUAUCACCAAAAUUAAAACAAACAUACAGCAACCUACGAACUGAUGUAUGCUUAGCUCCUCUAAUUGGCCAAAGAGUUUGACAUUGGUUCCCAUGCUGCUGCUUUGGACUUUAGGAUGAGUAUUGAUUCCUUGUCCAUAAUUCCAUAUACAGUAGAGUCUCACUUAUCCAACAUAAACGGGCCAGCAGAAUGUUGGAUAAGUGAAUAUUUUGGAUAAUAAGGAGGGAUUAAGGAAAAGCCUAUUAAACAUCAAAUUAGGUUAUGAUUUUACAAAUUAAGCACCAAAACAUCAUGUUAUACAACAAAUUCGACAGAAAAAGUAGUUCAAUACGCAGUAAUGUUAUGUUGUAAUUACUGUAUUUACGAAUUUAGCACCAAAAUAUCACGAUAUAUUGAAAACAUUGACUACAAAAAUGCAUUGGAUAAUCCAGAACGUUGGAUAAGUGAGACUCUACUGUAUGUAUAUAUGAGCUGUGGGUAUACAAUACAUUCUAUGAAAUUGCUCCCUGUUCAUAGAAAAUUAACAUAUGAGUUGUAGUCUAAAGCAUAAAGUAUUUUUCUCUGUGUUAAGGAGACUUAUAUUAAUAAGUUGUUACUACAGUUCAUUUAGAUUUGACAGCAUGAAAAUUGGAGAGAGCUUCUGUACCUUUAAUGGUUAUGAAGGAGAGUGAAUUUGAGUAGCUGUUGCUUGAAAUUUCCUCAUUUUUACAAUCAUUAAAUAUAUAAGAGGUCUCCAAUACUCAAUCUGACAAUCAUAUUUCGCAUUGAUUUUAAUGGACCUCAAUACAACUAACAUACAUUGUACAUUUUCCAUAGACCAAGUCUCAGUGGACCUACUUCUGAGUAGGCAAUAGACAUGCAUAUAAUCCUAUCAUUCCUCUGAACUUAAUCAUCAUAGGAGUGUAAGAAUUUCCAGUCUUCCAGCAAAUAAACAUUCACUGCACCUCCCUCCUUGAUUAUUAAAAUCUUGGAACAAUUUUACAAAGCCAUUAGCUUUCUCAUUUUGCAUAUACAUCAUGACGGUACAUUCCAUUUCAGUAGCAACUUGGUUUUAAUGUAUAUGUUUAUUUUUACUAUAUGUAUGUACAUACAUGGCUGCCUUUUUGUAAGGCUGCUUUGAGUUCCCCUUUUGGGGUGAGAAGGGAUAUAAAUGUAGUAAAUAAACUUGAAAUAAUAAAAGAGAAACAAAAAUAUUGGCGGACUUAUUUAAAGUGAGGUCCUUUGGGGGACAGUUUCUCUAAAGAUUAAAUCAAUCUGCGCUUGUCUGCAUCUGAUCGAAAUCCCUGCGAAACAAUGCUUUUUAACCAACCAAGGAUUACAUCACUGUGUUAAAUAUAGCAAAUCUGAAUACCUGUAUGUGGGGCGGGGGGGGGGGGGGGGAGGAGAUUUUUUUUGUUUUAUCAGUGUUGGCCAGUAGAUGGUAGUAGACUUUCACAGCACAUUGAAUUGCUGGGAAGCCCAUCCCCCAUUGGCGUUUGCCUUGCUCAGAUAAAUCUUUUAGAAACUUAAAAUAUUUGGAGGGACUUUCUUCCCCUUUUCAUGUAAAUCCAGGAGAGGGAGUCCUUAGCUAACUUAUGAAUGAUGGACCCUCGGACCAUUUUGCCUCCUGAUAGGAUGAUGGAGACAGCUGCAGUUUUAUUGCUUUCAUAACCUUUUUCUCACAUAGUAGAAAUUGAUAUGUGUUGCCUACAUACACACAUAUAUUUAAUAUGAGGAUGUUUCAAAGAUACGGUAACCCCGCCUUUUAGUGUUGGAAUAUGCUAGGCAAAGUGAAAGGGAUAAAAUAUUUGCUUGAAAAUCUUUACACAUAUCAUAACCUUUUGGGAGAAAAAGAGAAUACCCCAUUAACGUGACUCCGGCAGACCAGAAUAUCGCAAUAUAUGCUAAUUGCCUUAUUCUUGUUGUUUACUUAUAUUUCCUUUGCGUUCCCCAGAAUACAAAGAGCGCUCUUUUUCUAAGUCAUAUUUUAUGCAGCAUUUUGCUCGAUUAUUUGCUCUGUACUGGAUUUGUAGUGUACUGCCAUUAGAUCUCACACUAAUGUUCCACGCUGCAAAUUUUUAAGGUUCAAAUAAAGUUUAAUUGUUUGCAAACUGUUAUGAUGCUAAUAAUUCAACAGCCUGCUGUGUUACUAAUGAAAUUACUUUGUUAUGAUUAAUUUGGAAAAUAGUGUGUUGAUUGUAGUAAUUAAACACAACAAGGUGAAGUAAAUGAUUCUAAUGCCAUCUGGCCUCCAAACUGAAUGAAGAAAUGAAAUGAAGCUGUCAUUGGAAUUUAUUCAGAGAAGUAAGGGUAAUACAAAUGCCUUCCAUUGCAGUGCUGCUAUGAUGUACUCCUGCUACCUUGUACAGCAAUUUUGUAUGAAUCUGCAUAUAGUAAUUCAGUUGGUUGUCUGGCUUCAUGCUUCAAAACCGCUCUUUUAUAAAGGCGUCUUUGUGUCUGUUUAA